AUGGACUCUCUUCCCGUAAACAAUAAGACGGCGGGUGAGCCAGAAAGCACGUAUAAUAACACACUUGAGACUGCUGCGGCGACGACUCAGAACUUCGCCCCAGUCAAGAGGAUAUGCGCUCACCUCAACGCCUUCCACGCAUAUGCCCAUGAUCCGAAACGCGAUGCAGUCGAAGCAAACCACUACUGCGCACAUCUGAACGAUGAAGUCCGCCAGUGCAUCCUCUACGACUCUCCCGAAAAGGGCGCACGAAUCAUCGGUAUCGGUAAGUUAUUCACUUCCCCAACAGGCAACCCACUACUAAACCAACCUCCAGAGUACAUGAUCUCACCCAAACUCUACGAGACACUCGAGGCCGAAGAGCAGAAGCUCUGGCACUCGCACGUCUUCGAAGUGAAAUCCGGAAUGCUAAUCAUGCCGCGUCCAACAGGCGUCCCAGAAUCCGCAUGGGAAGUAGCUGAGAACAAGGAGAUGGAAGAAGUUGUAGAGCUGUACGGCAAGAUCUACCAUCUCUGGCAGACUGACCGUGGGGAUAAAUUGCCUUUGGGCCCACCGCAGUUAAUGACGAGCUAUACGGCGGCGGAUCAGAUGCCGGAUUUUGAGAAGAGGAUGAAGGAGAGGGACCAGAGGUUUGGUAGUGAUUAUCAGAGGAAGAAGGAGGUUAGGGAGUAUAUUGAGGUGCCGAAGAUUCAUGAGAAUGCUGAUGCGACGUGGGCGAAGGGGGGUAUUGGACACUAG